UGAGGGAGGAGAUGUGGGAAAGACCAAAUGGUUGCUCUGCGAGGCUGCACGGCGCUAUUUUUAGCCGGAACCACAUCAGCGCUGACUGCAGACGUUGAAGGGAAAUCACUUCAUUUCCAGGCGGAGGCGGCGCAGGAGGAUGGACCGGGCUCUGGAUCCGGACCUGCCGCUGGUCUCUGAGGAGGAGGAGGACGUCCUGCACGCGCCAGCACCAAGUCCCGCGCAGUGACGGAUCACAAGUGUUGAGAUCCAGACACGCGACCUGUGGAGGAGCCGACACCGAGCCUCAGACAUUCGGGGCGCAUGAACCGGGAGAAGGUUCGAAUCCCAGCCGGCUGGGAGGUGGACACGUUGAUGCGGCGGUGGGGGGGCUCUCCCGCUCCAUGAAUGGCAGGAGCAUGGAGGAGAUGCCAUUCCAAAGAGUCAAGACCCGACGGAGGAAGGGUCGCUGUCCGGCCGCGGCGCCGCUGCGCUCCAUCUCCUGCGAGGACGAGUUCAGCAGCCAGGAGUUGCAGGUUCUAUUCCAGAACUACAACCUGAAGCUGGAACAGACCGCCACACUCAAGGCUCUGGCGGUUCUGAUCGUGGCCGCGUCGUCUCUGUCGCUGUUGGAGCUGCUGUCCGGCCCGCGGCUGUCGGUGUCCAAAGGUUCGUACCCGGUCCACUGCGUGGUCUUCCUGUCGCUCUUCAUCGUCACCAACGUCAAGUACCUGCAGGCCACGCAGCUGCAGCAGAUCGCCAAACUGGCGCUUCUCUUCAGCUUCACCUUCGCGCUGCUCUGCUGCCCCUUCCCGCUGGCGCUCGGCGCGUCCGAACCCGUCGCUGUCGCGACCCCCGAGCAAGGCGUGUGGCAGCUGAUGCUGGUCACGCUGGUGGCCUACGCGCUCCUGCCGGUCCGGACCACGCUGGCGGUCCUGUUCGGGGUGAUGCUGGCCGCUUCGCACUUCAUCGUCAUCGCGACGUCUUUCACCGGGAGGAAGCAGAAACUCUGGAGACCCCUGGCAGCCAACGCCGUUCUGUUCGCCAGCGUCAACUUGUCGGGGGUCUUCGUGCGGAUCCUCACCGAGCGGACUCAGAGGAAAGUCUUCCUGCAGGCGCGCAGCUGCAUCGAGGAGCGUCUUCGGCUGGAGGACGAGAACGAGAAGCAGGAGCGUCUGCUAAUGAGCCUGCUGCCCAGGAACGUUGCCAUGGAGAUGAAGGAGGACUUCCUGAAGCCGCCGGAGAGGAUCUUUCACAAGAUCUACAUCCAACGUCACGACAAUGUCAGCAUCUUGUUUGCCGACAUCGUGGGCUUCACCAGUCUGGCCUCGCAGUGCACGGCGCAGGAGCUGGUCAAACUGCUCAACGAGCUCUUCGGGAAGUUUGAUGAGUUGGCCACGGAGAACCACUGCCGGCGGAUCAAGAUCCUGGGAGACUGUUACUACUGCGUGUCUGGGCUGACCCAGCCCAAAGCUGACCACGCCCACUGCUGCGUGGAGAUGGGCCUGGACAUGAUUGACACCAUUGCGUCGGUGGUGGAAGCUACAGAAGUCGACCUGAACAUGCGCGUGGGUCUGCACACCGGGCGGGUGCUGUGUGGAGUCCUGGGUCUGAGGAAGUGGCAGUACGACGUCUGGUCCAACGAUGUCACGCUGGCUAACGUGAUGGAAGCCGGGGGGCUCCCGGGGAAGGUUCACAUCACACGCACCACUCUGGAGUGUCUGAACGGGGACUACGAGGUGGAGCCUGGCUUCGGGCACGAGCGACACGCCUUCCUGCAGAAGCAUCACAUCGAGACCUUCUUCAUCGUGCCGUCGCACCGCCGCAAAAUCUUCCCGGGCCUGAUUCUGUCCGACAUCAAACCUGCCAAGAGGAUGAAGUUCAAGACGGUGUGCUACCUGCUGGUGCAGCUGAUGCACUGCCGGAAGAUGUUCAAGGCCGAGAUCCCAUUCUCCAACGUCAUGACCUGCGAGGACGAUGACAAGCGGCGAGCUCUGCGGACGGCAUCGGAGAAACUGCGGAGUCGCACGUCCUUCUCUGCCACCGCCGUUCAGCAUUCGCCGGCGACGCGGGUCAACCGCUACAUUGGUCGACUGAUCGAGGCGCGACAGACCGAGUCGGGGACGUCGGACCUGAACUACGUGACCUUGUUCUACAGGAGCAGAGAUCGGGAGCGACGGUAUCAGCAGGUGGACGACGAUCACUUCAUCAGUUCUGUGGUUCUGUCUCUGAUCCUGGCGACUCUGUUUGGACUCAUCUACCUGCUGAUGAUUCCUCAAGGGCUGCUGGUUCUCUUGCUGCUGCUCCUCUGUGUGUGUUUCCAUGUGGCCGGAGUCAUGUACCUGCACCUGACCAGUGUCCAGUGUCAGCCCGGCUGCCUCACCAUCCGGAUCAGAACCCUGCUGUGUGUCUUCCUGGUUCUGCUCACAUACUCGGUCACUCAGGCGUGUAUGGUGGGGUGUGUUCCAUGGGGGCGUCUGGAGCACAAUAUCAACCGAUCCGUCGACAUUCCUACAGACCAUCUUGGUGCCGUCAACAUCACCUCGGCGGGCCGCCCGCCGCCCAACAUGGCGUAUGCUCUGCUGUCCUGCGUGGCCGGGACCCUCACCGUCCUCCCGUACCUCCGGGUCUCCUCGCUCCCCAAGAUCCUGCUUCUGCUCCUCCUUUCUGCCACCUACACCGUUGUCAUGGAGACCAGCGGAUACCGCCAAGCCGUGGGGGGAGGAUUCCUGCACGCUCGUGGUUACGACCCGGUUCUGGCCGUUCUGCUGUUCGCCGGCGCUCUGGCUCUUCACUCUCGACAACUGGACCUGAAGCUGCGACUGGACUACCUGUGGGCCACUCAGGCGGAGGAGGAGAGAGACGACAUGGAGAAGGUCAAACUGGACAACAAGAGGAUUCUCUUCAACCUCCUGCCGGCUCACGUGGCUCAACACUUCCUGAUGUCCAACCCCAGAAACAUGGACCUGUACUACCAGUCCUACUCUCAGGUGGGAGUUCUGUUCGCCUCCAUCGCCAACUUCAACGACUUCUACAUCGAGCUGGACGGGAACAACAUGGGGGUCGAGUGUCUGCGGCUGCUCAACGAGAUCAUCGCCGACUUCGAUGAGCUGAUGGACAAGGACUGCUACCGGGACAUCGAGAAGAUCAAGACCAUCGGCAGCACCUACAUGGCAGCGGUGGGUCUGGUUCCCACCACGGCCUCAAAGGAGAAGAAGUCCAUCACGUCACACCUGUGCACCGUCUCAGAUUUUGCCAUCGAGAUGUUUGACGUUCUCGACGCCAUCAACUACCAGUCAUACAACGACUUUGUCCUGAGAGUCGGUAUCAACGUGGGUCCUGUGGUAGCCGGGGUCAUCGGAGCCAGGCGACCUCAGUACGACAUCUGGGGGAACACGGUGAACGUAGCCAGCCGGAUGGACAGCACGGGCGUGCAGGGAAAGAUCCAGGUCACCGAGGACGUCCACCGCCUCAUCGUCGACUCCUAUAACUUUGUGUGCCGCGGUCAGGUGAGCGUCAAGGGCAAAGGUCAGAUGCUCACUUACUUCCUGGAGGGGCGGCGACAAGGCAGCCAGCCCGCUCCGUCUCAGCAGAAGCGCCGCUCCAGCGCUUUCACGCAUGGCAGCGUGUGCACCAGAUUAAGCCCGGCUCGCACAGUGACCACCUAUGCCUCCAUUCGGACCCCAAGUCCGGGCUCGGUGAAGCCCACCACGUCCACCAGCACCAGCAGGUACCUGCCCUCCAUCCCUGCAGACAUCGUGUGAAGGAACUCUUGAAAGUGUUUUUCUGUGGUUCUUCUGAAGCCCAUGUGGCACUGCGACCGGGAGUCAGGACUCCGGCUCGGGGUCUGCUUCAGACUCGACAUGCCCGCAGGAGGCUGGACACUCCAGCCUGGGUGCUCUGGAUCUGAAUCAAGGCCAAGGAUCCUGCAAGGGUUUCCCAAAAAUCAACGCACAAUUGAAGAGUGUAGCACAAACAACGCAAAAUCCAGAAAAUUCCUUUAACAAGCUUCUGCUCGCCCCUUUCUCUCAAACCAAAUCAGUGCUGUUGCCUUAGCGACCACGACUCAGCGUCUCCCGAUCUUUCUUUGUUGCCUUUUAUUGAUUUGUCGGCGAGUGACCUGCAGGGGGCGUCGCUGUGCUCUCUUUCCUCGCUGAACUGGCAGUUUUGUUUUCCGGUCGCCAAACUUCAGCAGGGCGUUGCCUCGAGGGCCCCGGGCAGACCUGGGCCCACAGGUGAUGCGUUUACGUGCAUGUUGACGAUGCCGCUGCUGCGUUUCCUGUCUGUCCUCCGUGUGGCGCUCGACUUCCAGAAUCUUCCUCAUGUAGCAAUAACGUCUCCUCGUUACGACCUCCUGCAUGCUGUAGCCGGCCUCCUUUCCGAUGUAGCCGUUAGCAUUGUUAGCCUCACUUGUCCUUGGAAACCGACGCAUGACUUGAGAACAAAACUAUUUUCGGUAUCGUGUGGCUCCCUGCGGAGUUUAACUUGAAGAUUUUGUGCGUGCGUGCGUGAACUCUUUUAUAUAUCGUUCAAAUAUUACGUUUACUAUUUUUCUGAAGCUGCUUUUACGAAGAAAAUAUAUUUGAGUGUUUUCACACGGACGGUUUAUUGAUUUAUUCGGAUUUGUCCUCCCAGCAUGCACUGCUCUUGCACGCAUGCUUCGGCCCGAUCAGCGGAUGCACGGGGUUUUGACGUCAUGCAUGCCAGAAACGUAGCGGUCCUCUUGAAUGUACGGUGCUUCUUUUUCUAUCUCUUGAUAUUUUACUUUUCUGACGCGUGUCUUCUGGUCCAGGACUUUUCAGGACGGUCGGUCUUCAGGUUCUCCUGCUCGCUUAUUUUGAACGUGCCAACCUAUUCUCAUAAACAUAUCAAAGUAUUUCGGUGUUGGACUGUAGCACAACUGGGUGUUCGGCUACGGAUUUUAUUGUGAUUUCUGUUGAAUGCCUGAAUCAUUUCUCUUCCUGUGAGCAGUUUUGGAAGUAUGGCUGCACAAUUGACGGAAAACUGCGAUUCCGACGUGUCGUACAAUAUGUAUUACGACACUCCAUGAGACGUUAAUCGUGAAGUUACUGCUGUUUUUCGCUGAGCAAAAGGAAACACCCAUAUACACUCAUCCAGUCCGAACGUAGCCUCUUCCCAAAGGUAGGAGCUAUUUUACUUCCCAAAACCUCUUGUGGAACUGAAUCCUUUCAGUGCAGGUUCAGACUUCUGCAGCGAGAAACUGGUACUUGUUCUAUUUAGUUCUCUUUGGCCCUGGAUCUAAUACUGCUUUUCAUUUACCUCGGAAGACGGAAGACUGAGCUGGGAAAACCGUCACAUCCGAGUUCAGUGUGUUCCAGUUAUCGAGGUCGCAAAAGAAGAUGGCGACGACAUCCACGGAAUAUAUUCUCAUGUGUGCGUUGUCUGAAUACAAGCAACCAUUCUGUUUCCGACAAAACCCACAGCAUGAAGAGGAAAUACAAAAUUCCGGAUUGUGUUGUUCAUUUAUUCCUAACUUCCACAUCCUGUUUGCAUUCGGGGAAGCCAUCUUGGAUUGUGUCCUCGGUGUGGUGAGAAUUCUCCCAUUGUCCAACUGGGACUCAAUAUGGGGUGACUCAUCUCGGGGGCACAGCUGUGAAUUUCCCGAAGGCAACUGAUGUGCAGCAUAAAGAAAGGCUGAGGAUCCUGAAACCUAGUCCAGGCUCAAAUGAGAACUAAAGAGUGUAGCACAAGCAUUUUAAUAAACUUCUGCUCACCUGUUUCCCGAAAAGAAAUCUUCCUUUUUACUUCAGUCAUGUAAACAGCACCUCUUGCUGGUCUAUAUUUUCAUGACCUCAACGUUAGAGAUGAGUUGACACCCGAAAACAACCUUUUGCCAUCAGGAUUUUUGGGUAACAUCUACAUUUGGAGGAGGAGCCUCAAAUGGUGAGGGAGGACGCUCAUAUUGCCAAUUGUUUUGUUUAGUUUUUUGUUGUUUUUUUCCCAGAUAUUGUGCAGCCAUACGUGUAACUUAAGUCUUAAUGUUUGGAGCUCAGUCUGAAACACUUGAUAUAUGUUUUCUUUGGUGGAACGUGGACAGAUUUGAUGCUGUACGACAUUUUUUUUCCUGUAAAUUGGAUAUUUUCAUACUGUGCGAUACGGGUUCUGAUUGUGAUUACUACUGGUUUUUCAGAGAGAUCUAACUUAUCGCUGAUAUUGUCUUGUUUGUACUUAUCCAGAUGUUUUUGGGUUUGUUUGUUUUUUUUUGUGAAUGUACAUUUGUUAAAGACUAUUUUCUACUGAGUGUUUGCACUGACGUUGGCGAGGUAAUAAAGGGGCGUGGCUCCGG